CUACUAUCAAAAACAUGACUCUCAAAUUAACUUCCCUCCUUUUUAUCACUCUAUCGACGAUAGCAAUUGCUUCCACCUUCUGUCUUGCAACAAAUGAUGAUCAAAGAUUACUUAUACGACCAAAUAUUUGGACAGAGUUGGAUCCAAAUGAUCCUAGAGUGGUGGACAUAGCGAAAUACGCGGUGAAGGAGGCAACUAAGAGAGCUAAAGGUGUUAGAGUAUUUAAGUAUGUGAAAGUGAAUCAAGCAUCCGUUAUGCAUUUUGAUGAAUAUGAUAAUACUUAUGAUCUUCUUGUUGAGGCCACAGAAAUGAAAUCUAGGGUCACUCAGGAAUAUAUGGCAUUUCCUGCAGAAACUUUGGAUAAAAUAACAAGAAAACCUAUUAAAAGAUAUCUAUUGGGCUUUAAUCCAACUUCUUAAAAUUAUCCCUAAGUGUAUGGUUUAGAAAUCUAUAAUCUUUAAUAAACAUUUUAUUUUUAUGUUA